AUGGAGAGGUCAGAAUCACCGCCCCGGACCAGCCUGACCCAGAUCUUCUCCAAAGCCCGGCGCGAUAAGAACCAGAGGGGCAAGGGCAAGGGCAAGGGCAAGGGUAAGGGCAAGGUGUCUGCGAGCAACUCUAUCAACAGCGGCAACAGUGGAUUGGAGGAUCUGGACAACCUGAAGAAGGGCCACGAGGUGAUAGAGCGAGACACAGACGCAGACGCCGACACAGAUCCGGAAGCAGCGGACCCGUCGUCUAAGAUCAAGAAGCUGGUCCCUCGGGUCCUUGGAUCCAAGCGGCGCAGAAGGAAGCUGGAGAUAGAGGAGCCGCGUGUCCGACAGGAAAUGACCCGGGGGAGGAUUGUCACCGACCGAGAGAAGCUGGAACACGAUGCAGAUGAUGGAGAAGGGGAUGGGACAGCCGCGGCCCUGGAGAGCCCCAGCAGCUUGCUUACCUAUGAUUCCGAAUCGGGAAGUGAAAACGAGUCGCCAACCCUCACCGGAGCACCUCCUCCUCUCAGUACACGCUCUUCACACAUUGGAUAUCUGACGACCUCCUCGCCGCUCGUACACUCCAUCGCGCUGCCUGGGCCCGUGUUGUCGCAAGCCCAGCUGGACGGCCUGUCCCCUCGAGCCUCAACCAUUCCCGACGCCGACGUCCUGGCUGCCUCCGCCUCCACCACGCCUCUCGACAACACUCUUCGGACCCCUGCCGACAGCUCUGGGAGAAGGUCCCCGUCACCGGUUGGCAGAUUGAAACAAGCUCUCACUCCAAAGCGGGCUUCUAGUCCCAGCACAAGCCCGGAGCGGAAAUCUGGAGGGGGUGGAGCGGGAACAGUGAAGGAGAAGGAGAAGGAAAAGGCUGUGGCAGAAAGGCGUGGAAGUGUUGCUGCGAGGAUUGGCUUCCGCGCCCCCGAACGACCUCGAACCGUGGAGCUCCAGACCAUAGACACGAACGCAGCACCUGCCACACCCCCAUCAGGCGAGAAGUUAGCUCCUACAAUUGUCAAUACUCCCCCUACCCCAACCGAUCCUGGCGUAACUCGGUUUGGUGGCCUUCACCAACGAACGUCAUCAGAUCCCAUCACUUCAAAUCUCAACGUGGUUUUGUCCCCGUCUGGGAACAUGAUAUCGCACAGACGCGUACGAUCAGGAUCAGUAACAAUAGGACCCAGCAAACUCUCUAACAAUACAUCUGCCCCUCUGACCCCAGCUACUGAGAAUAUUGCUGCGACAUCAAGUGGUGGUGGGUUCUUUUCUUCCGUAAUCUCUGCAGCCCAGAACGCGGCCAAUACACUGAGUAAUAGCAUUGGAAAUACUUCUACCAACCCUGGAAACAGAAUCAAGAGUGGCACCCACGAUUUAAACGAGAUCAAAGAAGUCGACAGCCCAAUCGUCGAGACCUUUGCUGACAAGACGGACUCGGUGGUUCCAACUGAAGAGAAGGAACUGGCUGUGAAGACCUUAGGAAUGGGUGACCUCAGCCUGAGUGCUCUCGGUAUAUCUGAGAACAGCAGCGACACAAGUACACCUUUGGGAAUGAAAUAUACGGAAGAGACAAAGGGGCGGCCCGAAUCAGCCAUAGAGGACUCGAACCGCUCUUCACCUGGUGCCACUGGGGACAGUGCAGAAACUGUGUCACCGACAGCCGUAGACGAUGUCCAUUCCCAGCCUCUGUUCCGACCUCGGUCAAUGUAUGAGCCUGGUGGUGUUGGAGGUGAUCAGAGCCCGCCCAAUGGAAGUGUUUUCGAAGGAAAGACGGGCCUUCAUCGGAGCGGUAGCAUUCGAACUGCUAUCGGUAAGCACCGAAAGCGAGGAAGCUCAGCGGCUACGGGUACGACCAAUGGACUUGCCAUACAUGCUGCCAAUAAUUCCAUCACUGACCCGGCCUCAGGUUCCAAGAUUACCGGAUUUGCGGUAGCCAGCAAGAAGAGAAAUCGGGAUUUUCACCAACUGUUCAGAAGUGUACCAGAUGACGAUUACUUGAUCGAAGAUUACAGCUGUGCUUUACAGCGAGAAAUUCUCGCUCAUGGCCGGCUAUACGUUUCUGAGGGCCAUCUGUGUUUCAGCAGUAACAUCUUCGGCUGGGUGACUACUUUGGUCAUGAGUUUUGACGAGAUUGUGUCUGUCGAGAAACGAAGCACAGCGAUUCUGUUCAAAAAUGGUCUCAUGAUCUCCACUUUACAUGCGAAGAAUAUUUUUGCCAGCUUUACGAGCCGAGAUUCGACUUAUGAUUUGAUUGUCGGGAUUUGGAAGUUGGGCCACCCAAGUCUAAGAAGUUCGCUGAACGGGGUACGAAUCGAGGAGACUGGCGGUGGUGACAAGACCGAAAAAGAUGAUGGCAACGCCGCUCUUGAAAUUCAGAGUGGUUCUGACAUCGGGAGCAGUGAUGGUGAGGAAGGAGAUGAGAUCUACGAUGAGGAUGACGAUGACGCGGCCGGAAUGAGCUUCAUACAGCCUGAGGGAAGUGUUGCAGGAAGCGAUGCUGGCGAGAGAGUUGUUAGCCGCAAGCCAUCUGCGGCUGUGGUCACAGGGCCACUGGGAGAGAAGAAGGAAGAUAGUCCGACGGGUCCCGGUACCGACUUCCCUGGCCCAGCGACCCACGCACCGACAGAAUGUGGGGACCAGGAUACCCAUUAUGCGAAGAUCAUCGGCGACGAAAUUGUUCAAGCGCCCUUGGGCAAGGUUUACAGCUUCAUGUUUGGGCCCGCUUCGAUUACAUGGAUGCGAAAUUUCCUGACAGUCGAGCAAAAGUGUUUGGAGCUGACGCUGGAGGAUACGGGCAAGAAGCCGCUCUCUCUGGAUAAUAAGGUCCGACAUUACUCGUACAUCAAACCCUUGACUGGUUCGAUCGGCCCCAAGCAAACAAAGUGCGUCUGCACAGAGACAUUGGAUUCGUUGGAUCUUGAAAAGUCGGUUUCUGUAACGAUCUCAACGCAAACCCCCGAUGUACCCAGUGGAAACGUCUUUAGCACCAAGACGAGAUACUGUCUUUCGUGGGCUGAAGGCAAUGCUACGAGAAUUCAGAUAAAUUGCGCUAUUGAGUGGACGGGCAAGAGGCCCAUCGAGAAAGGUGCAAAUGACGGUCAAGUGGUGUACGCCAAGGAAAUCAUCGGAGCGCUGAAAUCCGCCGUGUCAUCCCGCCGCGGCACAGUCACCGUUCCAGCCAGCAAAGGCAAGAAAAAAGGCCGUAGGAGCCGCGAAACGAAGGGCAAUUCCAAACAGUCAGAUGGUGCUUCAGACUCAAAACCAGACAAGGAGGACUGGGGAUUGCUCGAACCAUUGCAUCCCAUACUGGGCCCCGUCGUCGAUAUUCUAUCACCACUCCUAGCGGGCAACAUCCUCUACGGUAUUUUCGUCGGCUUGCUAGUAGCCUCUUGGUUUCGUUUCGGGUUUUCUGGGAGGGGGUCUUCUGCAGGUCGAGAUCCAGGAAUGGUAUAUUUUGGGACGCCCGAAAGGAUUGCCGCCUACGAAGAGAUGUGGCGGAAGGAAGAAAGCGAAUUGUGGGAGUGGCUUGAGGAUCGCGCGGGCAUGGACCGGCUCCGUGAGGUUUCCAGUAUGCCUAUCGAGGCGAAGAUGGUUCAGGACAAGUUGAGGAACGAGAAGAUGGAAGAUCGUGAAAUCGACGAUGCGAUUCGCGUUACGGAGGAAAAGUUGAAGGUCCUGAAAGCCAGCGUUGAGAAGAGGAAGGAGGCCAAGGGGAAAGUGGAGGAUAUCAAGAAUUCCUAG